AUGACGGCCGGCGAGGAGAUGACACACACGGAAAGUUGCCCCCAGUUCCCGAUACCUUGUCCGAACGGCUGCAAACAGCAAGAGGUGCCACGCUGUAUGUUGGCUGAGCAUCUGGAGAACAUGUGUACAAAGCAGGAGUUGGCCUGUCCAUUCGCAAAGCAUGGUUGCAAAUUCCGUGGCAAAAAAAGAAAUCUGACAGGACACGCUGAGGCCGAGACUCUGACUCAUCUGGACUUGAUCAACUCGACGACGAAGCAAUUAUUGGUUCUCAUAGAAAUACAGGUGGGUCGCCUAUUCGAUGCUUGA